UUCGGUAUCGCCACACUUCGCAUCAUUACCGCCGUAACGUGCGAGCCACUCAAUCCCCGCUCGUCUCUCGUCAUCUGAGACUAACGCUCAAGAAUUCGAACCCGUGAAGACAGAGGAGAGCACCAUGUACGCUAAACGUUGCGCAGCUUUCAUUCUUCUCGUCGUGAUAGCCGGUCUUGUGAACGCCACUGAAAAUUAUAUGGAUUACGGAGAAGAAAUGGCGGAGAAAGUGCCAGCGGAGAACAUCCACGAGCUGUACAGGCUCCUGUUGCAACGCAACGAGAUCGACAAUGGCUUCGGCGGCAUCCCGUUGGAACAUCUGAUGAUCCGGAAGUCGCAGCGAUCGCCGUCGCUACGUCUUCGAUUCGGUCGUUCUGGACCGCACCUCUCCGCGGGAGCUCUGCCGAGACCCCUGACUGCAGCGGCUGCGGCGGGAUACGAGGACAACAAUUAAUCGGCGGAGCUGAUCCAAGCUGAUGAAAAUGCGCGACAACCUUCUCUUGUACAAUAUAAAUUACGUAUAAUUCAUUGUCAUCGCAUACCUUACUGUCCCGCGCGCGCGCUUCCCAGGCCAGCGGGGGGCAUCCUCGAAAUUCUCACAUCUCUUACUCUUUAAAAAAAAAAAGAAAAAAAAACGAAGCAGUGAGAAUUCGUGAUCUGCGUAAUCGGGCGAUUGGUUGAUCGGCGUGAAGAGAAGUCGAGUUCAUUAUUGUUUGCACGUUUUAUUUGCGCACGCGUUAAUCCGGAGCGACGCGUUCCUAGAACGACAGUUUUAUCUUCGUACGGCAAUCAAUUCCUUUCGCUUUGUACGUGAUUUUAUGGGGUUCAUGAUACUGUGCAAUUUAAGAGAAACACGUUCUAUAAAAUCUUUUCUGUACAAUUGCGCCCGCCAUUCUACCUUGUUGUCUCCGUUAAUUAGUGGCAGCGCUAUAAAAGGACACUUGGCCUAAGUCCUUCAUACAUUCGAUGUGGGAUAACAAUCUAAAUACUUCGAUCACUACAAACGUAAUUUUUUUCUUCUUUUAAUUGUGCGCAUCGGCACAGAUAUGUAGAAACUACUUGGCGCUUUAUGCGCUAAUGUGUAUAUCGAGUGUCCCAGAUUUUCCGGGUAAUUUAUUAACGACGGAUCGAGAAGUGAUGAAUUCGAUUUUUUUCGGAAAAAAUAAAAACGUUAUUUUUUAAUUGUCAACAUUUUCUUGGCUAGCAAUUUCCCUCAAAUAUAUCUAAUUUGAUUAAUGUACAGCAUUUUAUUAUUUAUUUAAACUUUUAAGCUUUAAUUUACUAACAGCUCUCUUUUUUUAAUUUAUAAUAAAUAAUUUUAUAAUUAGAUUUUCCACUGAAUAUUCCUUUGGAAAAAAACCGAGAAAUUUGUCGUAAAUUUGAUCUGCAAGAUUAUUUGGUAAUUCUGGAGCAUCAUAUAAUUUUCAAAAGCUGGCCUGUUGGUCCAUCAAUCGAUUAAUAGGCGUAGUCUUACGAUAAAUGUGCCAAAUAAUAUGAUCAUUGUAUUAUAAAAAGAUCUGCAUUAUCUAUGGCGUAUACAUAAAGCAGAAACUAUAACGAUUUAAACAUUUCACGCGUAAUGGGGAUCGAUCGCAAAACUUUGGUCCAAAAUGCGAACUAUUUAUCAAUAUUAUUAUUAUUCGCCAGAAAGAGGGUCGCGUCUCAAAUAUGUCUCGAUAUGUCAAUUUGCAAAAUUAAAAAUAAAUUAUUAUGUAACACUGUGUCACAUUUAUUCCUCUA